AUGAAGGAAACAACCUGUAAUGGAUCAGUACAUGGUUCACCCAUCUUCUACCUGGUGGGCAUACCCUCUCUUCCAGAGACUUUCUUCCUGCCUGUAUUUUUUAUUUUCCUCCUCUUCUAUCUUCUCAUCCUUAUGGGUAACACCCUGAUCCUGGUGGCCGUGGUAGCAGAACCCAGUCUCCAUAAGCCCAUGUACUUCUUUCUGAUCAAUCUCUCAGCACUGGACAUCCUUUUCACCACAACCACUGUCCCCAAGAUGCUGUCCCUGUUCCUGCUUGGGGACCACUUCCUUAGCUUUCCUUCAUGCUUAUUGCAGAUGUACCUCUUCCAAAGCUUUACAUGCUCUGAAGCCUUCAUCCUAGUGGUGAUGGCCUAUGACCGCUAUGUAGCCAUCUGCCGCCCACUGCACUACCCGGUCCACAUGACUCCACAGACCAAUGCUGCGCUGGCAGCCAGUGCCUGGCUCAUUGCCCUCCUCCUGCCCAUCACAGCAGUGGUAAAGACCUCCAAGAUGGCAUAUAACAACAUUGCCUACAUCUACCACUGCUUCUGUGACCACCUGGCUCUGGUCCAGGCUUCCUGCUCUGACACCACCCCCCAGACCCUCAUGGGCUUCUGCAUUGCCAUGGUGGUGUCCUUCCUCCCCCUCCUCCUGGUGCUUCUCUCCUAUGCCCACACUCUGGCCUCAGUGCUUCGCAUCAAAUCCCAAGAAGGACAUGCAAAGGCCUUCUCCACCUGCAGCUCCCACCUCCUGGUGGUGGGCACCUACUACUCAUCCAUUGCCGUAGCCUAUGUGGCCUACAGGGCUGACCUGCCCCUCGACUUCCACAUCAUGGGCAAUGUAGCCUACGCUAUCCUUACACCAAUCCUCAACCCACUCAUUUAUACCCUGAGAAACAAGGAUGUCAAGGCAGCCAUCACCAAAAUUGUGUAUCUCAAAACCCAGGUUGUAACAGGUUCAUUUGAUCUUUAA